UAAAAUCGGGCUGCCAGAUUGCUUUCAAAUUUUGGAUCAUCAUUGCGGAAAAAAACACACAAAGAAGAAAAGCGUUCUAGUGGAAAAAUUUUGUUCUGAAAAUCCUUUUUCUCUCGAUCCAAGUGCAUUUUCUGAGCUAAUAGUGACUAGUGCCGUUGAUGCUGUGAACAGAGCGUUUAGUGGAGAUCCAGAAACUGUGAAUUUGGAUGAUUUUUGACGUGGAAGUUUGACUAUCACUUUUUUAUUUUCUCCGUGUUUGAGACUCCGAGAAGAGACGGAAAUCCAGGAGAUUCCUUUGCUUAGAAAGUCCUGGAAUCCAAGAGGAAGAUGAGUGAGCUGACUCCCGAGGAGAUACGCCAGCGUCGAUUAAGACGCCUGGGAGUGGACCCCACGAGAGCUGGGGCUCUGCAGGAGCCAGCAGCCAAGGGGCCCACUGUGUCCUCCUCCACGGAGAGCAGCAACUCAAGCAGUGGCACGGAAAAGGUGUCCGGAAGCUCAGAGGCGCGUCAAUCGAGCCUGGAGCUGGUGGAGCAUAGGCAGAAACAGCAGAAAAUUGACACAGAACUCAGCAAUGAAGUCCUCACCACCUCAUCCGUGGAUCAGCACAGAGUUAAUAAUAACUACAGGGGAAAUCUCAUUGAGGCGACUGGAGAUGAUGUGAAGAAUGCUUCUGCGAGUUCUACGACAGAUAACAAUCAGGAAGUGGAGGUACAGCAAAUGGAGACAGAUGAAUGUAUGGACACAGACAAAUUAGGUGACUGUGAUUCGGGAAUUGAGAAUAUGGAGACAGAAGAUUGUUCUGAGAGCACCAAAGCUGCUCCCAAUGCAGAAUGUCUGCUAGACAAUCGGGGCAAUACGCAACUGGAAAUGGAGAUUUAUUUGUCCAAGGUGCUCAAUGCCACAUGGGCAGAGCACUGCAAGGGGGCGAUUAUUGUUAAGGAAGUAGCCACUGAGUAUAUGGAUAGCUUCGAAGAAGUGUCAAAUAUUGAAGAUUUCACAUCUAGGGUUCUGUUGAAUGUGAUUCAGUACUAUUUGGAGGGGUUUCUGAAGAAGAGUUCUUCGAAUUUUGAUGUAACUAUGCCAUCAUCAUCUGGGUGUUCGGAUGAUGCUGCUGGGGAGGAUGGGGAGGGUAAGCAGGAGAUGGAGUUUUUUGAACGUAGAACUGCUGCUCUGGACUACUUGAUCAGAUGCUACGAUGUCAUUAGGGGAGAAUGUUACAAUCUGACUUCGUCAAAGAGAUUAAAUACCGCGGAAUUGGUGCAGUUUCUGGAGAUGGUGAAGCAGCAGAUUCUUCAGCAUUCAAUUCUUGUGCUCAAUGGGACAUUUAGGGGUAGCAAAGAUGCAGUGGAAGUGUCAAAGAAGCCAGAAAAGUCGCCUCUUCUGCAAUUGAUGUACGAAAAGACGGUGGAAAGUGAUUUUUUGCAGGCUUUUGUUGCCCUAACCUACAAAAAUGUUGAAGUAUUCCGGGAUAUUUUUGAGCCACUUCUCCGAGAUUUAUUCACGGAUAUGCAAAAGGCAAUUGUGUCGAAGGAUUUGAAUGUGGAGAUUUUGGCCAAAUUGGAUGAAUUGACGGCUAUUGCAAUUGAGGGGAAUGUUCGGCCAAUUUGCAAUCUUAUUGCCAAGCAGUACAAUUUUUUCCCGAUCUCGUGUAGCAAGGCUCCUGGGCGGGAAAUUGCCAAAGUUAGCUUCCUGGGUCCAUUUCUCUCCCCCACAAUCUUCGUGGAGGAGAAUCCCAAGUUGGUUGAUACAAUUUUCACCAGUGACAAUGUCCUGGUUGAUGCUUCUCUUCAAUCAAGCCUUCAAGCUGGUUUAGGUUGCAUCCGGAAUUAUCUACAUGCGAUAUUUCAUGCACUACUGAAGAAUGUUGAGUCCAGAAACUCCGUUCUCAUGUACAUGUCCACAAUUCUCAAGGCUAAUGAGAAGAGGGCACAAAUCCACACGGAUGAGCGUGUUCUGGCCAGAGAUGGCUUUAUGCUCAAUUUUCUGUGUACACUGCAGAAAUUGGCGGCAAAGAUUAAACUUGAACGUGUAGACAUGAUGUAUCCGUUUCACUGGGAUUCACUGAUUCACAUUGUCAAGGAUACGAAGCUUCGAUAUGAAUCUGAGGAGUACAGUGAAUGGCUGCAGGAAUACAGAGGUACUCAUGUCUGGGAACCGACAAAUUUCCAGACACAGUGUUGGUUCCUAACUCUCCAUGCCCACCAUGUGGCCAUAAUUCCGGCCAUUCAGCGCUACAACAAGCGUUUGAGGGUGAUUAAGGAGCUGCAGCGACUGGUGGCAGAACUCAAUAAUACCAAGGCUCAGUGGGAAUUUACGCGAUUGGCAGCCAGAAAUGAAGAGGUGAGAACCAGAUGGACACUGCAACUGAUGAAGCUGAACAGAUCGAAAGCUUGCUGUGACAUUGGGUUGCUCGAUGAGAAUCUCCUGAGGCAGUGCAUGCGUUUCUACAGCACUGUCUGUGAGUUUAUUCUCUAUCACAUGGAAGGAAGGAAGAUCUCAGGACCAUUUAUCACCAGUAUCUCACCGCCACUUCUAACGCCCACGCCAGAAUUCUCAGCACUGCCCGAAUGGUAUGUGGAGGAUAUUGCGGACUUCCUGCUGUUUUGUAUGCAGUAUGCAACGGAUGUGAUUGUUGAGGAUAUGGAUCACUCGAUAAUCACAUGGCUGCUGACGAGCGUCUGUGCUCCCCAUUGCAUUAAGAAUCCCUAUGUGACUGCCAAAUUGGUGGAGGUGCUCUUUGUCACCACACCAACCAUUCAAACCACCUCCCAAAGUCUCCACAACAAUAUCAUGUUCCAUGACAUCUCCCUGUCUGUACUCCCAUCUGCCCUCAUGCGCUUCUACACGGAUAUCGAAACCACUGGCCAGAGUACAGAGUUCUAUGAUAAAUUCACAAUUCGCUACCACAUCAGUCAUUUGUUCAAAUGCAUGUGGCAGAGUCCAGUGCAUCGUCUGGCCAUGAUCAAUGAAUCCAAGACGGGCAAACAGUUUGUCAAGUUCAUCAAUAUGUUGAUGAAUGAUACGACUUUUCUGCUCGACGAAUGCUUGGAGUACCUCAAGCGAAUCCAUGAGACUCAAGUGUUGAUGCUGGAUGAGCCAGAGUGGGCAAAGUUGUCGGAGGAGAUACAACAGAGUAGACAGAGGCAAUUGUCACAGGAUGAGAGACAGUGCAAGAGUUACUUGACUCUGGCCAGGGAGACCGUGGAUAUGUUCCAUUAUCUCACUGUGGACAUCAAGGAACCUUUCCUGAGACCUGAAUUGGUGGACAGGCUCAGUUCAAUGCUCAAUUUCAACUUGCAGCAGCUCUGUGGGCCGAAGUGCAACAAUCUCAAGGUCAGGACUCCUGUGAAGUAUGGCUGGGAACCAAGAAGACUACUCGGACAAAUUAUUGACAUCUACCUGCAUCUCAGUUGCGAUGAAUUCGCAGCAGCCCUUGCGGCUGAUGAGCGAUCAUUUGAGAAGCACCUCUUUGAUGACGCUGCCGAUCGUAUUGAACGCCUUCAAAUCCGUUCGACAGUUGAAGUGGAACAAUUUAGAGCUCUUCUGGCUAAAGCCCAUGACAUUUACGUAACAAAUCAACAGCGUGAAGAUGAAUUUGCCGACGCUCCGGACGAGUUUAAGGAUCCUCUGAUGGAUACUCUAAUGAGUGACCCUGUGAUUCUGCCCUCAGGUGCCAUCAUGGAUCGUUCUAUCAUCACUAGGCAUCUCCUCAACAGCAGCACCGAUCCCUUCAAUCGGCAACCCUUGACUGAAGAUAUGCUGCAAUCUGCAACUGAACUGAAAGAGAGGAUCCAGGCUUGGAAGCGAGAGAAGCGCGACAAGGGAAAUUCUGGUGGAGAAAGUUCCAAGAGAUGCUGAGUCCUUGAAAUUUUGAGCGUGAGACAAAAAGAAAAAUAAUAAAAAUAAAUAAAUAAGUUGUUGUAAUUAAAACGCUAUAAUGUAAAAUGAAUUUUUGCGAUAUUUACGGAGAGAAAAUACACAGAGAAAAUUUAUAAGUGAAAA